GCGGUAUCAGGCAAAAACCGCACUCUUGGCGCCCUGGGACCUGCUGCCGCCGCCGCUGCUCUGCCUUUUUGUGAUGGAAGCAUCCUUGAACAAUUAUCAAGAUGAACAGCCUCCUUUGCAGACUGAAAAUUUCUGUAGGAAACAUGAAAAGAACAGCAAGUUGUCAGGAGUAAAAAUAGAUAUUGAAAAACUUUACGAAGCAGUGCCACAGCUUGUAAAUGUGUUCAAAAUUAAGGAAAAAAUUGGAGAAGGUACUUUUAGUUCAGUUUAUUUGGCCACAGCCCAGCUACAAGCAGGAUGUGAGGAAAAAAUGGCUUUGAAACACCUAAUUCCAACUAGUCAUCCUCUACGAAUUGCUGCUGAACUUCAGUGCCUUACGAUAGCAGGGGGGCAGGAUAACGUUAUGGGAGUUAAAUACUGCUUUAGAAAAAAUGAUCAUGUAGUUAUCGUUAUGCCAUAUCUGGAACAUGAAUCCUUUUUGGACGUUUUGAACUCUCUCUCUUUUGAAGAAGUACGAGAAUAUAUGUUUAAUCUGUUUAAAGCAUUGAGGCGCAUUCAUCACUUUGGUAUUGUUCACCGUGAUGUCAAGCCCAGUAACUUCCUGUACAACAGGCGGCUGAAAGAGUAUGCCCUAGUAGAUUUUGGUUUGGCACAAGGAACCCUUGAUACGAAAAUAGAACUACUCAGAGUUGCCCAGUCUGAAAGCCAACAGGAAAGUUGCUCACAAAAUAAGCCUCACCUAACUUUGGGAAACAGGGUUUCUGUCAAUGUUACAGCAUCUAGACAGAUAGCUCAACAGUCAGCCUCAAAAACAUCUGAUAAAUGGUGCUGCUCACUUUCACAAAUGCAGAUUAAACAAGGAAAAGGAGGAAAGGAUGGGUCUGCGCACCAUUCUGUCCAGCGCUCUGUCUUUGGAGAGAGAAAUUUUAAUAUCCAUAGCUCCACAUACCAGGAGAGCCCCACAAUAAAACUCAUAAAGCAAUCAAAGGUAAUGGAUGUUGCAUCUAGAAAAUUAGCAACAAAGAAGAAGAUUUCUACAAAAGCAGUGAACAAUGGUGUAGCCAGGAAAGCUGCCAACAGUUGCCCAGCUAUCUUGACCUGUGACUGUUAUGCAACAGAUAGAGUUUGCAGUGUUUGCCUUUCAAGACAUCAGCAAGUUGCUCCUAGGGCAGGUACACCAGGAUUCAGAGCACCAGAGGUGUUAACUAAGUGCCCUACUCAGACUACAGCAAUUGAUAUGUGGUCUGCAGGAAUCAUAUUCCUUUCUUUGCUCAGUGGACGGUAUCCAUUUUACAAAGCAAGUGAUGAUUUAACUGCUUUGGCACAAAUCAUGACUAUUCGUGGAUCCAGAGAAACUAUUCAGGCUGCUAAAACGUUUGGCAAAUCAAUACUGUGUACUAAAGAGGUCCCAGCACAGGAUUUAAGAACACUCUGUGAAAGACUGAGAGGAACAAAUAGCAGCUGUACUAAAACAACAAGUGAUGUGCACACCAACUAUUUUUAUGAACCUGCUUUGGCAGCUGACCCAGACAAAAAAGUAGAGUCUGCUCCCCAACCACCAGGGGAAAAAAUCCAGGCUCUGAAGAACUGUCAUGAAGGUAACAAUGGCUUGGAAAUUAAGAUAACAGAAAAGGCAACUGAUUUGAAAGGAUGGGACAGAGUUCCUGAUGAGGCUUAUGAUCUACUUGAUAAGCUACUGGAUCUCAACCCGGCUACAAGAAUAACUGCAAAAGAGGCUUUGCUGCAUCAUUUUUUUAAAUGAUAGCAGACAGUGAGAAGACACCCGAUUCCAUUAUUUCCUUGAUCUUUGCUUUACAUGAAAAUAUCACACAGUAUUAGUUGAAUUUCAGAUACUCAUUUUGAGUUUGUUUAUUUUCAUGGCAUGUAGUGAUCUGCUUUUCUUGUACUGUAUGGAAGAGGUUUCUGAAAAAUUACCAGAAAUAUGUUUCUGGUGGAGGAAGGUUGGCAUCAUGAAUUGGAAGUAGAAUAUGGAGCAUUUCACCUUUUUUAAAAUCACAAUUUCAAGUCCAUUUCUUGUUACUAGUGAUAGAAACAUCUUCCAAUGGCUGUUCAGUGGCCUAUGUGAAGUGAAUUUAUGGUUGUAGUCCAACUGUAGAAGACGAGUGUUCACAUUACCAAAACCCUUCCUUGCUGACACUCAGAUACCAAAUACUGAAUAAGCAAGACAAGUGACAUACUUCCUCCCCCCUCCCCCACCCACGUCAGGUUAUUGCUGAAGCUCAUUGCUGAGGUGUGGGAAAGGUAGCUGUCUGAUGUACCUGUUCUAUGAGGAAAAGGA